CCUACUGCACCCAGCCUCCCUGGUAAGGGGUAGCGGGGCCGCUCCCUCCGUCCUGCCCUCGCUUGCCCACCCUCACCGCCCUUGUUUCUCCUUCCCCUGCCUGGGGCAGCCGCCGCCAUGAUCCUGUUGGAGGUGAACAACCGCAUCAUUGAGGAGACGCUCGCACUCAAGUUCGAGAACGUGGCCGCCGGAAACAAACCAGAAGCUGUAGAAGUAACAUUUGCAGACUUUGAUGGCAUCCUUUAUCAUAUUUCAAAUCCUAAUGGAGACAAAACAAAAGUGAUGGUCAGUUUUUCUUUGAAAUUCUACAAGGAACUUCAGGCACAUGGUGCUGAUGAGUUAUUAAAGAGAGUAUAUGGGAGUUUCUUGGUAAACCCAGAAUACAAUGUUUCUUUGAUAUAUGACCUUGAAAAUCGGCCUACAAUCAAGGAUUCUAUUGUGCAUCAGGCUGGCAUGUUGAAGCAAAAUUGUUUUGCCUCUGUCUUUGAGAAAUACUUUCAAUUCCAAGAAGAAGGCAAGGAAGGAGAGGACAGAGCAGUUAUCCAUUAUAGGGAUGAUGAGACCAUGUAUGUUGAAUCUAAAAAAGACAGAGUCACAAUAGUCUUCAGCACCUUGUUUAAGGAUGACGAAGAUGUGGUCAUCGGAAAGGUAUUCAUGCAGGAGUUCAAAGAAGGACGAAGAGCCAGCCACACAGCCCCCCAAGUUCUCUUGAGCCACAGGGAACCUCCUCUAGAGCUGAAAGACACAGAUGCUGCCGUGGGUGACAACAUUGGCUACAUCACCUUCGUGCUAUUCCCUUGCCAAACCAAUGCUGCUGCUCGAGACAACACCAUCAACCUGAUCCACACGUUCCGGGACUAUCUGCACUACCACAUUAAGUGCUCCAAGAGGGAAGACGUUUUUAUCCCGCUUACUCUUGGGAACUGAGGGGGAAGCUCUGUU